CAUCAUCCAGCGCUCGUCGUGUGCUGAAUGAAGUCUUGUUUUCGCCAUAGUGUUCUUUCGUGUGGUGGAGGUGGCAGAAGUUUGUCGUGAUACUAUGAUAUGCUCUGCCUGUGCGUAUAGGAAAACCGAAUGGAACAAACAGGAGCAAAGAGGAAGAUGUCAAAAAGGAAAUUGUUGAUUCAUGUGACAAGUGAGAUCAUAAGGGAGUGCAAACUAGGUGUGCAGUACUGAGCAAACGAGAGACGAAUGGAAAAUAAGCGUUAAUCUGGCAUUCUUCAAUGCAAACAUCACAAUCAAAACUUCCAUCAAGUAGAGCAAGAAAAACGACUUUGCGUUCUCAUACGCACCAGAGUUAAUUACAAAAACAUCUUUCAGAAGAAUUGACAUCCUCUCUUUGUUCUUCGGUGGGAACGAAUUUCUUCCUUUCUGCACUGGGCAUCGUUGUGGACCGGCAUUUUUCCCCGUCGCGUCGCAGUGUGGUACCAGCAUUGACAUCAGCCUUGGUCAGGAUUAAGUACACCCUUGUCACGAACUCAAAACGACGUCAAGCUAUUCGACCACUACAAAACGCAAUCGGCCUACACCCCUGCUACAAAAGCCACGUCAUCAACUGCGAUCAACCUACACCCUUGGCAAGAACAAAACUACAAGACGUUUUGGUACACCAAAUACUACACCUUUCCACGGAUCAUCAUCAAGACCACCUAGUAAUUCGACUUUUAUGCUAAAACGAGCGAAAAUUACGACUACAACUUCCACUACAACAACCCAACGACGACGGCAACUAAGAUGGUGAGUCGAGAGCAGUUACAGAUUUUAAUGCGCGAUGGCGGUUCUGCCGCAGACCAUCUCGCGACGUUGUUGGAGAGCAGUGUCGCAAGUCUCGAUGACACGCGACGCCUUCAUGAAGAAAACGAAGAGACAUCGAAAAGAAUCGAAAAAACAGAAGAAAAUGUCCGUCAAGUCUACGAGCGCCUGUUCGAUGAUGGAGAACGACAGAGAGGUACUUCUAUUGAGAUUUAUGUCGCUAGUACAGCAUAUCCUGAAGUAGACUCUCACGACUCAUCAACAAAACUCUCUUUCUAGAGGACCAUGAAACUUUCAAGCAUCUCUUCCUGACUUCUCCAUCACCACCCCUCUUUCCUAGAGCGUCGUCGUGUCUAUUCCGAGAUCGGCGUUAUGGCUGAGGGUGAGAUGCUUCGCAAGCACUGUUCAUUUCAACCGCGUCUUGUUGCUCGUGGGCGCGCACCACACCGUGAUACCAGACCUGAGCGUACCACACGACCGAGUACGAGAACAAGCAAGCGUUCUGACCUUCCUCCAAAACUGGUCGUGUACAAUCGGGGUGAAGAUUAUGGAAGCUUUAGACUUUUAGUAAUCUUCCUCGAAUGAGAAUGUGGUUGUAGUUCUCGUCGUGGAAUGCAGAAGUAGUUAGCAAGUUUAGUGGAGUACUAUACUUCUGAUAAGUUGUACUUGCUGAUUCACAUAAUUCAUCCCCACGUACUCUCCCACUUUUCCUAUCUUCAUACCCAACCAAGUCCACAAGACGAUCCUCGCGCGAUCCGUGGCGGUCCGCAGGGGACGUCUCCCGAAGUCAGUGCUCGGUCUGUGAGCAAGUACAGUGAGAUGCGUGGACCUGCGUUUUCGCGUCUCCAUCGUGAAGCAAGUGCCCGAAAGGAGAAGCUGGAGUCCAUGAUCCGGGAACAGGAGGAGAAAGUGAAGCCGGAUUUUCAUCCGAAGAUUUUGCACUCGCAACAAGCAGAUCUGUCACCAAGAAAGCGCACACACAGCAAGUUAAGGGUCGUUGCUUUCCGCAAAAUAAUUACAUUCCCCAGUUGUACUACUACUAAACCAUCCUUGUUGUACUCCCACUCAUUCAAGCAGUGCAAGUACUAAACCAUCCUUGUUGUACUCCCACUCCCACUUCAUGUACAGGAUUAGAAGUAGUGAAGCUAUCUUCUAUCAUGUUUCCAGAAGAAAACAAGAAGGGGAGGAAGAUGUUCUGAGGAAUGUACUCUAAGCAAGGAUCUGUUUCUUCGUCUCUACAGCUAUGCGGACCGCUACAAGCGAUCAAAGGAGAAAUUAGCACAGUCGGAGUUUGCGAAAUGUACAGAACUUUCUAAGUAUUUGUUCUCGUGAAGUCUCUAGUAUCACCCAUCAAGAUCGAGCCACAAAUCAAUUUCAUGUACACGUACUUCUAGAAUAAGAAGAAUUCCACUUGUUCACUCGUUUCCAGGUAGUUUCCGUCCUGAUGUGAAAGAUUCCGCUCGCACGGGUCCCCAAUUUGAGAAAUGGACGCCUAUCUGGGAGAGAUUUGAGGAUCCUCUGUCCUCACGUGGUGUCAGCAAGGACACGCCUGAGGACAGUACUGGGGAAGAACAAUCCGGUUCGUCGUCUUCGGAACAACGAAUGUACCAGUCCGUUCAUGACGACAUGGCGGCCCUCCGCGAGACGAGUGAACGCAUUGUUAAGAACAAUUUCAUUAUUGCUUAUACUAUCCUUCCUUUUUCUUUUCCUAGUUAGCUUGGCUCCACCCAUAUUAUUGCUUAUACGUAGACGUAGUUUGGUUUAUUUUAGUGCUGGGAUGUUCAGUAAUUUGAACAAAUACAGGUCACCAAAGUAGAGAUGGACCUCUAUCUAAAAUGAAUGACUUCAUCUUUUGAAAGAUAGCUCCUCUAAUGUUAAUAUCGAGGAUGAGGAGGAAGAAGAAGCCGUGUCCGGUGGUUCUGCUGUCGGUCGUGAUAGUGCUACAACCAAUAACUACGUGGAUGCCGUAGAUGGACGUGGCUCGAUGGUAUCUGCACUAGGUGAUACUGCAGCUGAGCAAGCAUCACAACGCGCUCAGAUUUUGCACAAGAAUGGCGCAAAUUCAGGUUCUCGCCAGAUGAUCCGGGCUCUGAACAGUGUCAGCCGCACGCCUCCAGGAAGUCGGCCGACGAGUCGUCGCGGGUCAGCAGAUGCCAAGGCGGAGGUGACUGUUGUGAGCAGAGCGAAUCAGCAUCAUUUAUGGCUAGAGGUUUUCCUUUCGGUUUUUUGUCGUCUCCGUUCCAAGCAAGUAGAAGUGAAAGAAAGAUUCUCUUGCAGUACUGUACUCCACCUAGUGAGUGCGAGAAAUGACGAUCUCUAAAUCGCGUCCCUGCGCAGGUCGUUCCGCGUCUACCUGCAGUCGCGACGUUGGACAGCCCCACUCCGAAUGCGGCCUUGAGGCCCAGUGCACGUGGCGCGCGACCUCCGCCAGGCCGCUCGCCGGCCGAGUCGCACCGCAGCUUCAGUGCACGCGGUCUUCCGAACAGUGCACGAGGCCCUCCAGGUGUACCGCACAGUGCUCGAGGCGCGACCCCUGCUAGCGCACGCGGCACUCCAGGCAGAAGUGCUGGUCUCCGACGUGCGUCUCCAGAUCCUGUCGUUGUCCCGCAAAGUGCGAGGGGACUGGAGAAGAACCAGAAGAACGGCAGCUCAUCCACUGCUAGCAUCAUGAAUCCUGCCACAACAGGUGGUGGAAAAAACCUACAACAACAACGCGCCACUUCAAACACACCCUUGAUGAUGAUGAGCCCUGGCAGUAAAAAGUUGUACGCCAGUGUCAAAAGUCGCUUGUAUGAACCGCGGCAGCCGCACAGUGCCCGUGGCAGCGCUCCGCAGAGCAGCAACGUUUCCACGAGUGCCACUAGCAGCGCACGUGCUAGUAAACAGAAGCCGCCAACGGCACCUGGAACGCUGAUCACGAUGAGCGGGAGACAACGCGCAGAAGGCAAUUGUGCGGUUCUUGACUCACCGUUGAAGCUGAGUCCGCGAAUGCACUCUUCUACGCGCAGCAAGCAACAGAACUCUCCAACUCCAGGUGCAGCAACGGCAAGAGCACUUCAACCUCAACAGAAAAACGUCGUUGCUUCUGGAGGUCCCGGUCGUCCGACUCCUGCUAUUCCUGGCGGUGGUGGAGUUGUCCAACAGCAACAACAACAACAACAAGAACGCACUUCCAAUAGAGCAGGACGCUUCAAAAUCCCAAGUUCUGCAACCGGUGCGCCAGCUACUGAAGAGCGUCCGGCUGGCAGUCCGGAUAGUGAUGUGGUGGCAAUUCCACCUGCUUCGCCUGAGGAAUCCGUGGGAUCGCCGGUCUCUGCUGCUCUUCGUGCGAGUCGCAAGUACAUCCAAGUAUCCGGCUCGGAUCCUCAACAACCGCACGGAUCUUCUAUUCCGCCACCUCGUCACCUUCAACCUGCAGUAGUACAACCAGUGGUGAAUGGGGCUUUGAAACAAGGGACAGGAGGGACUAAUUCUUAUGGUGGAAACAAGAAUUCGAAUUGGAAAUUUGACGUUGGUUUGAUAAUGGACAUUUAUUUUCCGUUUUGAAACAACAUAAAGUCAACGGAAUUAUCGUGACACACGCUAGUAUAUGAUAGCCACCGACAUUAUCACCAUCAUCACAAUUUCACUAUGGAUGGAAAAGCAAAGCCGUUCUACCUCUAAAUUGCCUUUCAACCUGCACCGCGUGUCACGUUUGAGAACCCACCGUCGUUAGGGAACAGCGGUCAGCAUGGUCAGGGAGUUGUCAUGGGCUCGCCAGGUUCCAGUGUGGCCAUCCCUUCCAAAACCACUACUAGUAAAAGCAGCGUCGCAUCGAGUACGCUCACCGUUCUAAACGCGGAGCAAGGGGAAAGUGCUACUUAUCUUAUGAAGAUUAACAAGAAGAAGAAUAAGAAGAAGUAAAUUUUGUAAGUUGUAAAUGUAGAGUGAGUGGAAGAAAUCCUAGUGGAAAUUAAGAAUUUCAGGAAUAUUGUAAAGGCACACAUAGAGUCCGCUCUUCUUCUCUAAUUCCCAACUCGCGGGCGAUCCAAAGUCGUCUCCGGUCUUUGCUUCUCCGAUGCAGGGUGCCCCGAGCCCGGCGUACAUGUCAAAAACAUCCUCUGCUUCGAGGCUGUCAGUCCAGCAACCAGUUGUGAGCAGCUUCUUCGGUACGCCCACAACAACGACUGCCCCUGGAGUGUCGAAUGGAACUUAUGAUAUGUUUUCACAAGUCAUCUUUAAUCAACACGCAGUUUUUUUUCCAUAAAGGUACGUAGCACAAUUGACAUGAUCGAAUUAUCAUCGUUCCUCUUCUUGAUGAUUUUGUUUGUUCUCAUUAGACCGUAAUAAAUUUUGACUCGUCGUCUGUCAAGCAUUUCUCUAACGAUUAAUGUCGGAUAGUCCAGGGGCACCGCGGUUUGGAUUGCCAAGUCCUAUCCUGUCCCCCAUGUUGACCAGUCUUGACGGCUUACCGGGCAUCCCCAAGAGACCGAGUUUGGCUGCAGCCCAAGCGAAGAUUCAGCGCAUCAGUGCUGCUGCGAGAAGUACUACAACCAUUUCGUUAUCGAAAUCGAGUAUACAGUCAACGCAACAUGUACUUGUACGUUAUGUUUAGAUAUCUAUGUUGAUGUUGAUUCUUUUUGACUGUUUCAAGAACUACGUUUCUUUUUUACUUUCUAUUUGCCGGAAACAACAGGUUCCCUUUUAUCGAGUGGUACGGCGCGCACUCCAGCAAGCCCAAGAAACAGUGUGUAAUGAAGCGAAACGCACUCUCAAAAAAAACCGACUCAUCGUGUGGCUUCCAUUUUUUUGUGCUAAGUAUAAGUUUUUUUUGCAAUUCAUUGUCGCUUUUCCAUCACGACUUCGACUCCUAUAUUCAACGCGAAAACGAGUACUGCUUCCAACACGGCUGCAGCCAUCACGCAUAUAGCUCUUCGAGGAUGAGAUAGAAGAUCCUUCUGAGAAUGUGAUCGAGAAGAUGAACAUACUGUUCGAUUUAACUACAUUAGACUACAUAGGAUGGAAGUUUACCAGCAUUGUAAUCCAAUCGAAAAUGAAUUCUCUUCCUCACUUACUACUGCAUUGCCGUUAGAACAUGACAACUGAUAAAUAGAACUACCAUCCAUGCUCGAGAAUAAAGCAGCCUUGAACCGAUUUUAUUUUCGACUCUACAUCGUCAUUUAUUGUAUUCGAAGUGCUAUUAUACUUCACGACAGAUAAUACAACUCACAACGCUUAUAUUAUAAACGCAAACAUUAUCAUCUGUUUAGGAAAGUUUUCACUUCCUCCAUUUUUUUGAAAAAAUGAACCCCCCAAAUAAUGUCUAAUCCAUGUCUGUGCAAAAGAGAGUGUUAAAACCUUAGCAUGCUAUUUUCUAGUGCGGCUCUGACCGCGUUAUCGCACGAACAUUAGAAUGAAUUUUUUUCCAUGAUCUCCACCCCGAUUUACAGGUAUUCUUGAGGGCUGUAAUCUGGGAGUAUUUUCUUCCGCGACUCCAGUUUGAGGCGACUCCAGUUUGAGCAUCUUGAUUGCAAUGAUUGGUCUUCGAUUGAAACAACAUAUUGAUUUUGAAUUUGCAUAGACGUCGCAAUGACAUUGACAGAUUGUAUAGGUGGUCUCAACAUGAAUAUAGUCGCACUAGUGGGUUUAUUUGGUGAACUGGUACCCCUGUGCAAAUAAACCUGCGCACACAUCAACCAGAGAGCUGAGCACUCACCGGAGGCGUUGCACAGGGCUCCGGCCUGCCUUCGAAGGUGAGACCUCUGGGGCUGACAGGACCACGACAGCGCCGGCGCUUA